AUGUCUACUGAAGAAGUCUUUCCCGGUGCCAUCGGUAUCGAUCUUGGUACCACUUACUCACAAAAAUCGGAAAAAUUUACCAAGAAAAAUCUGCUAACCACUACCACUCACAGGUGCGUUGCUACCUAUGACUCCGCCGUCGAGAUCAUUGCCAACGAGCAGGGAAACCGUGUUACCCCCUCCUUCGUUGCUUUCACCGACAAGGAGCGUCUCAUCGGUGAUGCCGCUAAGAACCAGGCUGCCUUGAACCCCAAGAACACCGUCUUCGACGCCAAGCGUCUCAUCGGACGGAGAUUCGACGACCCCAGCGUCCAGAAGGAUGCCAAGACCUGGCCCUUCGCCGUCAUCUCUGACCCCUCUGGCCAGCCCUUGAUCGAGGUCGAGUACCUCGGCGAGAAGAAGUCCUUCUCUCCCCAGGAGAUCAGUUCGAUGGUCCUGACCAAGAUGAAGGAGAUUGCUGAGGCCAAGCUCGGCAAGAAGGUCGAGAAGGCUGUUGUCACCGUCCCCGCCUACUUCAACGACUCGCAGCGUCAGGCCACCAAGGACGCCGGUGCCAUUGCCGGUCUUGAUGUUCUCCGUAUCAUCAACGAGCCCACUGCUGCUGCCAUUGCCUACGGUCUCGGUGCCGGCAAGACCAAGAAGGAGAAGUACGUUCUCAUCUUCGAUCUCGGUGGUGGUACUUUCGAUGUCUCGCUCCUCCAGAUCGAGGGCGGUGUUUUCACCGUCAAGGCCACCGCUGGUGACACCCAUCUUGGUGGACAGGACUUUGACACCAACUUGCUCGAGCACUUCAAGGCCGAGUUCAAGCGCAAGACCAAGCAGGACAUCUCUGACGAUGCCCGUGCUCUGCGUCGUCUGCGCUCUGCUUGCGAGCGCGCCAAGCGUACUCUCUCGUCUGUCACCCAGACCACUGUCGAGAUCGACUCGCUCUUCAACGGUGAGGAUUUCAACACCAGCAUCACCCGUGCUCGUUUCGAGGACCUCAACGCUGCCAUGUUCAAGAGCACUCUCUCGCCUGUCGAGCAGGUCCUGAAGGACGCCAAGGUCGAGAAGUCCGAGGUCGACGAGGUCGUCCUUGUCGGUGGAUCUACCCGUAUCCCCAAGAUCCAGAAGAUGCUCUCUGACUUCUUCGACGGCAAGCAGCUCGAGAAGUCGAUCAACCCCGACGAGGCCGUCGCCUACGGUGCCGCCGUCCAGGGUGCUAUCCUCACCAACCAGGCCGUCGGUGAGGCCACCGAGGACCUUUUGUUGCUCGACGUUGUUCCCCUCUCGCUCGGUGUCGCCAUGGAGGGCAACAUCUUUGCCCCCGUUGUUCCCCGCAACACGACCGUGCCCACGCUCAAGCGCCGCACUUUCACCACCAUCGAGGACCACCAGACCACCGUGCAGUUCCCCGUCUACCAGGGUGAGCGUGUCAACUGCUCCGAGAACACUCUUCUCGGUGAGUUCGACUUGAAGGGAAUCCCUCCCAUGCGCGCCGGUGAGCCCGUUCUCGAGGCCAUCUUCGAGGUCGACGCCAACGGAAUCUUGAAGGUCACCGCUGUCGAGAAGUCGACCGGCCGAUCCGCCAACAUCAUGAUCUCGAACUCUGUCGGCAAGCUCUCGAGCCAGGACAUUGAGAAGAUGAUUUCCGACGCCGAGAAGUUCAAGACCGCCGACGAGGCUUUCUCCAAGAAGUUUGAGCAGCGACAGCAGCUCGAGUCGUACAUCUCGUCUGUCGAGUCGACCAUCACCGACCCCGCUAUCUCGCUCAAGCUCAAGCGUGGCGCCAAGGACCGGAUCGAGAACGCGCUUUCGGACGCGAUGGCCGCGCUCGAGAUCGAGGACGCGUCGGCUGAUGACUUGAGAAAGGCCGAGUUGUUGCUCAAGCGCACCGUCACCCGCUCGAUGUCGUCCCGUUAA